AUGUCAGUAUUGCGAGCGGUCCAAGUUAACAAACGGGCACAGGUCGCCUGUGCAAUUCCUCAUGUUCGCACCGCCAUCACUAUUAUUGCUGAUGACCACGUAUUUUGGCGUAGCCCACGGUUUUUGUCCACCAUCCUAGCCCCCUUUGAGGACCCGAGAGUCGGCGCUGUGGGAACGAAUAAGCGUGCUAUUCGUGCGGAGAAGGGGUUUACUACCGCUGCGUUUUGGAACAUGCUCGGUGCUAUUUAUCUUGAACGACAAGACUUUGACGUCAGGGCAACUAAUGCGCUGGACGGUGGUGUGUUUGUCAAUUCAGGCAGGACCUCGGCUCACCGUACCUCGAUUCUACAGUCCCCUAAUUUCUUGGAGGGAUACUUGAAUGAGCGGUUCUUCUUCGGCCUGUUUGGACCACUAAAUUGCGACGAUGAUAACUACAUUACUCGUUACGAAGUACGGUAUGGCUGGAACAUCAAGAUUCAACACUGUCCCCACGGACUGAUGGAAACACCAUUGGGGACGUACCCCAAGUACCUUUCUCAAUGUCUUCGCUGGGCUCGAACAACCUGGCGAAGCAAUUCAGCCAGUUUAUUCUCAGACCGUACAGUCUGGCGCCGCCAGCCCUGGUGCGUAUAUGCCGUUUACCUCACCAGUUUUAUCAAUUUCGCUCUCUUCUACGACUUUGCGCUCGUCUACUUCUUCAGUCACACGACCUGGGCAAGAACAACUACAGUACUGUACUUGCUGGCCUGGAUUCUUGUCAGUAAAUUGGUGAAAUUGAUACCUUACUUUUUGCGACAUCCCAAAGACUUGAUUUUUCUUCCAGGUUAUUAUGCGUUUGCUUACUUCCACAGCUUGAUCAAGUUCUAUGCUUUACUCACCUUCUGGGAUGUGACGUGGAGUGGCCGACAACUAGACCGCAUUGACACAGGCGAGGAGAACUAUGUGCCGAAAGACUUGUGA